AUGGUUUCCGCCGCCACCAUGGGCUUUCGCGGCCCGGCCAAGCGUGCUGCCUUUGGCGAUGUCACCAACAUGUCUAGGCACUCUGCUGGUCACGAUGACGCCAAGGUUGCUCUCAAGGUCCAGCCCGCCGCCGUCUCGACGCUUGGCCCCAUUGGUUCUAAUCUGAACAAGGAGAACACUGCCUAUCCUAAGGAUUCUCUGUCCCGUGCAGCUCCGCGCCACGGUGCUGUUGGAAACAAAAUCAUCAAGCCGUUCUCUGAUAGCCAGCCCAUUCAAGCACCAAAGCCGCCCCAUCAUCAACACCGGCUACCUCCCCAGCAACAUCACAACGCCUCCGCAAACUUGCAUCCUGCACGACACUCCAGGGAGGGCCAGGAUCAGGUCUCCGCGCUGAUCGAAGCCAGCACAUCACAUGCUUCAAAGCAACCCCGACACUACAAGAGCCAGCCCCAGCUCAAGCUCCAGCAGCCCUCCCUGCGUAGAACGCAGAGCAAGUUUUUCGAAAAGAUUGAAUACGAAUCAACACACCUCGACAUUCCGGAAGAGCCUGAGCUUGCCGAGAUGGACGUUCCUGCUCUCGAGCAGGCGAGCGGCCACACCGUUUAUUUCGACACAGGCCCAUAUCAGAUCGACGCUGAAUCACAGCAGUUAGCGCACGCGGCUGAGGUCAUGUUACACCAGCCUGGCGGCUCUUCUGUUGCCGAGACCCGGCCCACGACAGGCCAUUCGUAUAAAGAAUCUUCAUACCCUGCUCUUUCUGAGCCCGAAGAGUGGGACGAGGAAGAAGAGGAAGAGUACGAUGAUCAAGAUCAAGCUUACACGACCGCGCACAGCUUCAGAUCAAGAGACUACACUACUGUAGGUGCAACAACUCUGCUCGUUCCCCGUCUGACGGCCCGUGUUCAACGAGAGCUGGAGGAAGCUAGAAUUGAGGUGGAGGAAUCAAAAUUUGCUAUCGACUUUGAAGAAGAGGCUUGGGACGUCAGCAUGGUGGCUGAGUAUGGUGAUGAAAUCUUCGACUAUCUGCGCGAGCUUGAGGCAAGUGCAGGCACCCAUCAAGAUGUCUCAUAA